AAGUAAUUUGGUUCAGUCAUUGCAGAGGCAUUGUCCGCUUUCCGCGUACAUCACAAUGAUCGUUAACAAGAAGUGGAUUAUUGGUAUCUCAGUUGUUUUGGUUCUUGUUGUCAUUCUGGGCGUUCUCUUGGGUGUCCUGCUACCAAGACGUAAUAGCAACAACAACGAAAAUGUCGACAGCUAUUUCGAAGAACUUUCAGAAACAUCGAAAUGGUACGGCGACGAGGAGAUUCGGAUACUUCGUCAGUAUUUGUCAUUUCCCACAAUGCCUCCAGAUAUCGACUAUGUGCCAACCGUUGAAUUCCUAAAGCAACAAGCAGCGAGCCUCGAUCUGCCCCUAUCGAUCUAUUAUCCUGUAAAUGAAGCGAAUCCAGUUGUUGUCAUGACGUGGGCAGGAUCAGAUCCCAGUCUCAAGUCAAUUCUGUUGAAUUCGCACACCGACGUCGUACCAAUAUUCGAAGAAUUUUGGACCCAUCGACCAUUUGCUGCUGAGAUGGAUGAAGAGGGAAGAAUUUUUGCUCGCGGUGCACAGGAUACGAAAUCGACUGGAAUGAUGUAUUUGGCAGCGAUACGAGCGUUGAAGAGGGAAGGCAUUCAACAGUUGAAACGAACCUUCCACAUCUCAUUCGUUCCCGACGAGGAAAUGGGAGGAUUCCAUGGAAUGGACAGUUUUGCGAAAACAGCUGAUUUUACGGCCUUAAAUGUUGGCUAUGCACUGGACGAAGGUUCAGUAUCGCCGACAAACGUAAUUACGGUCAUCAAUGAUGAGAGAACUAUGAGGAGAAUGGAAUUCACGUGCCAUGGCGUCACGGGACACGGUUCAAUUUUAUUCGAAAAUACAACCGGCGAGAAGAUCACGCAUUUGAUCAGCAGAUUUAUGGAGCGACGAAAAGUCGAAGUGGAGAAUAUGAGGAAUUCGAAUGCUACGACGUACGCCAAUGUAACGUCAAUCAAUUUGACUAUGUUGAAAGGAGGCGUUCAAGGUAACGUGAUACCACCAGAACUAAGUGUUAUGUUCGACGUGCGCUUGUCUGUUAAUGAGGAUCUUGAUGCCUUUGAAAGAGAUAUAGACCGAUGGAUCGAAGAGGCUGGCGGCAAUAUUACAGUAAAUUAUUUAAUUCAAGAUCCAAAAGCACCCAAAACGAAUGCAGACGAAACGAAUCCACUGUGGAUUGUGUUGGAGACUACAGCUAGAGAAUUAGGAUUGGAAAUCGUUCCCGGUGUACCGACAGGCGGAACUGAUAUGAGAUUUCUACGUCGGCAAAACAUUCCUGCGUUUGGAUUCAAUCCAAUGACGAACACGCCUACACGUCUUCACGAUCAUGACGAGUUUGUGUUCGCCGACGUUUAUUUGGCCUCUAUUGGCACGUACAAACGAAUCAUUUCGAAUUUGGGCGACAUAUAGCGACAUUCAUUUCAUAAAUAAAUAUUCGACACUCGAUGCCACA